AUGAGGACGACACUCCUACUUCGAAGGUCGAGAGCGUCUUCAAGCCACACCAGAAACCACUUUUCUGCGUCCAUGAAGGCCAGCCCUCGGGCCAUCGGGCGGCGAAGCGACCCGACAGCCCAACAGCCCGGCUUCAAGAGCCUAAAAGCAACACCUCGAGUGUACAGCAGACCAGGUCGAUUGUCUGGAAGCUACCGUGUCAGAGUGAGCCUGAACACAACCAGAUAUUAG